AUGAGCUGUGGUGUUGCAACUUUGCCACCGCUCUAUGCAACUUUCUACUAUCAUUUGGUCGUCGAAAAAAUAGAGACAAUUGUUGUUGAUCUCUCAAACCCAAUUUCUACACCCGUUUCACCUAAAAUCAUCCCUAAGACAUCUGACUUUAUUUGGAGGGGAGACCGGAAGAUGGAAACCUCUGUCAGAACUGAUAGGGGCGAAGAUGCUGAGGAGGUUGGAGGAGUCCUCUUAACAAGGAUGAGGUUACAGAUACUGACUUGA